AUGUUGAUGCCUAGUACUAAUGAAAAAUGUGCUUUUGAAGCCAUACUCAAUUUUGGUGAAUCGAAUUCGGAUACGAGGGGUCUUUAUGCGGCUUUUCCUGUGCAACCUCUUCCCAAUGGCAUGACCUACUUCAAGAAACCAACUUGUCGACCCAUAGAUGCGACUCAACACUACAUCGAUUUCUUGGGUAAUACUUCUUGUUCUUACCAUGUUUCGAUGAAUCCAAGAAAGGGUUCGACUUGGUUUAGGACUGACAUUUCUAAGCCCUUGUGGCCUUAUCUUCAAUCAAUUGAAUCUGAUUUUAGACUUGGUGCAAACUUUGCCACAUCAGGAUCCACAGUACUGCUGCCUAAUGCUUCCGUAUUUGCAAGUAGAACUAGUCCAUUCUCUUUGGCUAUUCAACUCAAUCAAAUGAAGCAAUUGAAGUCUAGAGUUGAUGAACUCUACUCCAUAGGUAAUCAGGACAAAACAAUCUUCCUCCACAUGACACAUUCAAAAAAGUCCAUUACACUAUCUACAUUGGCCAAAAUGACUUCACCUCAAACUUCGCAGCAAUUGGAAUCAGUGGAGUUUGCCACAAGUAGAUUCCUCAAUUGCAAGCACAAUCAAGGUUAG